UGAGGGGGGUUUAUUUUGGAGUCUGUCUGUCUGUCUGACUGACUGACUGACUGUGGCGCGGCUAUUGUUUGCAUCGCGGGCUCUGCGCUGGUGGAAUUCACCGAGAGAGGCCAACUUUCCCCCAGAGUCGGCGGGACGAGUUUUUCGUGUGAAGGAAAAGUUUCGCCCAGACCCACCGCCGGUCUCUGAGUGAGCGGAUCUCUCGGAGAAUUCCCAGCGUUUAGCGGGCGGCAGAGAGAGUGAAAGGCUUUGCACCAUGAAUGCCACAGUAGAUACCGCCUGGGCAUUCAGCUUCCUCCUGGCCAACACCACCACCGCUACUUCGGAUUACGGUUUCACCAACGGAAUGGAGCCGCUUUCCAAUCAGACCGAGAGCUGUGAUAAUUGGAAAGAAAUCCACCAUUUGGUCUUUCACGUUGCCAAUCUCUGCUUCGCCAUUGGGCUGCUUAUUCCGACCACCAUUAAGAUCCACAUGGUACUUCUCCGCGCUAUGAUGAGCACAGGCUGUGCACUGUUCAUUGUGUGGGCAGUAGUUUAUCGAUGUGCUUUAGACAUAAUGAUCUGGAACUCUCUGUUUCUUAUUCUCAAUAUGUUGCAUUUUCUCUAUCUGUUAUACAAAAGGAGACCUAUUAAAAUUGAUAAAGAGCUCAAGGUCCUUUACAGGAGAAUGUUUGAGCCACUUCAUGUCCCUCCAGAUUUGUUCCAAAGACUGACUGGACAGUUUUGCAGCAUUAUGACUCUCAAAAAGGGUCAGACUUAUGCAGCAGAAGAUAAAACAUCGGUUGACAAUCGACUUAGUGUCCUGCUAAAGGGAAAGAUGAAAGUUUAUUAUCGCGGGCACUUUCUGCACAACAUUUACCCCACUUCUUUCAUCGACUCUCCUGAAUUCCGAUCAACUCAGAUGCAUAAAGGAGAAAAGUUUCAGGUAACUAUUGUGGCUGAAGAGAACUGCAAGUUUUUGUGCUGGUCCAGAGAGAGGCUAACUUUCUUCUUGGAGACAGAAUCAUUUCUUCAUGAAGUCUUUAAGUAUCUAAUUGGCAAAGAUAUCACAAACAAGCUGUAUUCUUUGAAUGACCCCACACUAAAUGACAAAACUGCCAAAAAGUUUGAGCGACAGCCCAGUCUUUGUUCCCAACUUUCAAUGAUGAAAAUGAGAAAUAGUAUGGCCAGUUCAAGUGAUACAGAAGAUGGACUAUCGCACUUUCUACAUCGGGGAUCUACUGCUUCGUCAAUCCAGAGGUCCCCAUAUACUAGGAGUUCUGGAAAAAUGAAACCCAUUGAGGAGACUAUUGAGGAUGAUGUCUUUGACCCACCUUCACCAGUUGUCCAGCUGGCUCCCAACUGAUACUGAAUGAAACAAAAUGGAAUGUUCCUAGCAGAGAAGAACUCUUGUCUGCUAGAAAGUAUAAACAUCUAACAAAUGAAUCCUGUUACUUUUGACGAUUGAACCACUAAUGCACACACAGCCACAUAUACAAAUGUCCAGAUUUUGACAUGUAUUAAUUUGUUUUAUCACAUUCUGUUCCUUUCCAAUGCACCAGGGCAUAGUAUGGCUUGAGACUUUUAAUGGGCAAUAAAAACACGUUGACACGUCAACAA